UUUACCAAGGAAGUUAUCAUGUUCCCAGAAGUUUAUAUGAUGAAUAUCUGUAAGAGAGAAACUCCCUGAAAGUAGUGGCUGAAGACAGUAAAGCUUUACACUUUAAUCUGGGCCAUGCCAGGUGUACGUUUUUUCUUGGUGUUAUUUCAGCAGCUUUGGCUGUGGUCGAGUUGGUCUUCUUGUGAAUGGUGCUCUAGUAAAGGUGGCUGAAGCAAUGGUCUUGGAUGGUGUUUGUUGUCAGCUGGGCAAUUGCAGUGAACUUGGGUUUUGUUUGCUAUUGUGGUGUAUGUUUCACUCUCAGAUUAAUGAAUUUAGCUAGAGUGUUGCUUUUAAGUUUCAAUAACUUUAGAAAAUGGUUGUGAUGACUCUUUUUCUUCUGACUUGUUGAGUUUUAUUUGACAUCACCUAUUCUGUGAAGAGAGAUGGUUGAUUUUUUUAUGGGCUGUUCAAUUUACUGUCUGUGUUUUUUAAUACUGCUGUUCAGUGUGAUGGUAGAUUGUGAGUGAUGGUGUGAGGAGUCAGUGAUGAGCUGGCAUGAGGCUUACUGAAGAAAGUGAUAGCAUGUGUGUAGUCAUAGCUUGUUAGUGCUCCAGUAGUAGGACUGCUCAUUACAGUGGGAGAUACCAGCUCUUUAUGAAUUGGAGAGAAGGGAAAGUCUAUACAUGCAGAAUUGUAUUUAGGAGCUAGAGAAGGUGAAUUAAUUGUUUAAGAACAGCAGAGCUCAUGGAAGCUGGUAAGAACUGUCAGAUGAGGAAGAGGAGGGUACGACUCAGACAAAAGGGACAUUCAGAUGUGUACUGAAUUAACUUGGGGUAGAAAUUAACAAUUUGAAAUAGGUCAGGUGAUACUUGGUGUGAUGAUUCCGUGCAUCACAGUUCUUCUCAAGAAGGUGUUUCCACAGGGGAAGGAAGUAGGCACAAAUAAAGGCAGAAGUGUUUGGUAACUUUCUGUGCCUAGUUCAGGCAAUUAAGAGAUUUAGGACAAAACAUUUCAGAGUUGUUGUAUGCAACUCUUAAUCUACUCAGAUAAUAAAUCUCGACUCAGGCCUGCACAGACAGUAACAGAAAUAAAGGAGUAAUGGUUGCAGAGGAAAUACUUAUUUGGUGUGAGGUACAGGCUGUUAAUAAACAAGAAAAGGUUAUGACCGUACAUGCAUCAUGAAUGAAUCUGCCUCUAGUGGAAAUGGUCAAGAGUUUGAUGUAUUUAGUGCAAUGGACUGGAAGGAUGGCAUAGGUACUUUACCAGGAAGUGACCUAAAGUUUAGAGUCAAUGAAUUUGGGGCCCUGGAAGUGAUUACAGAUGAAACUGAAAUGGAAAGUGUUAAAAAGGCAACUGCUACCACAACCUGGAUGGUUCCAACUGCUCAAGAAGCCUUUUCAGAAAAGACAGGGAUCCCCACAAGGUUGAAGGAAACUGCAAAAGUGGAUGGACUUGUUUUCUGUGAAAACUGUUACCGCUAUGGUACCUUAGAAGAAUUUGUUCCUGAAGGGAAAUUUUGCAGCCAGAAAUGUGCCCAGCAAGUAAAAAACAAAGAACCAAAGGAGGAAAAUCUCAGCAUGGAAUGCAAUGGGGAAGAUGAUUCUAAAGGCAUUCGGAAGAGAAAAUCAAAGUUACCUCUCAAAGAAGAGUCCCGGGAUAAUGGAGAGAAGAAAGAGAAUCCCGAUGAAAUUGAGGACAAACCUGAAGGAAGGAUCUUGAGAGUCUCACAGAGAGCCAGGAGAAAAAGAAAAGGGGAAAUAACAGUUUUGAAACAAACUGUACCCUCUAAAGGAAGGCAAGCAUGGUGUUGGGCAUCCUAUCUGGAGGAAGAAAGGGCCAUUGCAGUACCUACUAAGCUUUUUAAAGAGUAUCAGUCUUUCCCAUACAACAAAAAUGGAUUCAAAGUAGGGAUGAAGCUGGAGGGCGUGGAUCCCGAGCACCAGUCGAUAUACUGUGUUCUCACAGUGGCUGAGGUUUGUGGCUACAGAAUACGACUCCAUUUUGAUGGAUACCCAGAUUGUUACGAUUUCUGGGUGAACGCUGAUUCGUCAGAUAUUCAUCCUGUUGGAUGGUGUGAAAAAACAGGUCACAAGCUUCAUCCACCUAAAGGAUAUAAGGAAGAAGAAUUCAGCUGGCCCUCCUACCUGAAGGCAUGCAAGGCUCAAGCUGCUCCUAAAUCACUGUUUGAAAACCAGAAUGCAACAGUGAUCCCAUCGGGAUUUCGAGUGGGGAUGAAGCUGGAAGCUGUAGACAAGAAGAACCCGACUUUCAUUUGUGUUGCUACGGUAACAGACAUGGUGGACAAUCGUUUUCUGGUUCAUUUUGACAACUGGGAUGAGAGUUAUGACUACUGGUGUGAGGCAGCUAGCCCACAUAUUCAUCCUGUUGGAUGGUGUAAAGAACAUAAAAGAACUCUCAUCACCCCACCAGAUUAUCCACAUGCUAAGCAUUUUUCUUGGGAGAAGUAUUUGGAAGAAACCAGUUCAUUACCUGCACCUGCAAGGGCUUUUAAAGUGAAACCUUCUCAUAGCUUUCAGAAAAACAUGAAACUUGAAGUGGUUGACAAGAGAAAUCCAGUAUUUAUCAGAGUAGCAACCAUUGUAGAUACUGAUGACUACAGAAUAAAAGUUCAUUUUGAUGGCUGGGAUAAUAUUUAUGAUUAUUGGACUGAUGUAGAUAGCCCUGAUAUCCAUCCUGCAGGCUGGUGUGCAAAAACCGGACACCCUCUUCAGCCCCCUCUUAGUCCCUUGGAAUUGGUGGAAGCUUUAGAGCAUGGAGGAUGUCCCACAGCAGGAUGUAAGGGAGUUGGACACAUUAAAAGAGCAAGACAUAUUGGCCAUCAUAGUGCAGUCAGCUGCCCGUAUUCAGAGUUGAACUUGAACAAAGAAAGCCUCUUACCUGACCGGUUGAGUGGGGAGAUGCCUGCAGCCAGUCCUGUCCCCAGAAACAGAAAAGCAGAAGCAAGUGAAAGAUCCACCUCUCCUGUAAUCAAUGACAGAAAAUGCCCCAGCCCUGGUCACGUAGGUAUGAAAUCUUCGGCUCACAAUCGACCAUCUGGGAAGACUGGACCAGAAACAACUAAGCUAGAAGAUGCAGAAAGUAAAUCUCCUUGCAAGAAGCCCCUCUUAUGCAAUGUGAAAGAAAAGAAGGCACCUGGUGGAGUAUUACAAACAAAGGACACCAUAAAGAACAAAGAAUGUGAAGAUGAGGAGACAGAAAAUAACCUGCUAAUUUCAAAUGAAAUUAAAGAUGUUGAAGAACCCAGCGCACAGAGGCUUCUUUCUCAACCAGUUAUUGUGUCUUCCAAGCUGCAAAUCCCUGGCCUACCCUUACGCUGGGAACAGCAGAGCAAGCUCCUUCCAAGUGUAGCUGGAAUUCCAGCCAGUAAAGUUUCUAAGUGGAGUACUGAUGAGGUCUCUGAGUUUAUACGGAGUUUACCAGGAUGUGAAGAACAUGGCAAGGUGUUUAAAGAUGAGCAAAUUGAUGGAGAAGCAUUUCUGCUAAUGACCCAAUCAGACAUAGUGAAAAUAAUGAGCAUUAAACUGGGACCAGCCCUAAAAAUCUUUAAUUCCAUUCUGAUGUUCAAAGCUGCAGAGAAAAACUCACACAAUGAACUUUGAAGAUAAUGGAAAAUGUGCACGAGCCAGCUUUCUCCACUGGAGCUCAUGUUUUAUUCAAAGCACAAAGACUCACUAGAACUGUUGACUAAGGACUCUCAGAAAGGAAGAAACAUAAGUUCAGCACUGGUGGACUAUUUAUAUUCUCCUAGAGCCAGUACAUAUCUGAAUCCUUCUGGGAAGUGUUCAAGCUUUUGAGAAGGUACUGUGUAACAACUGAGUCAGCUGGCCUUAUUUACCAAACCAAUGGCGCUAAUUCUCAUGGAUGGUUAGGAUCCCUAACUUUCUCUGGACAUCAAGAAAAUUCAAGAAAAAUUAUUUAUGCUGUAUUAUAUAAGGGAACGUUAAUAUUUUCUAAGGAUUCUUGAAUACUACUUCAUGUAUCCAUUUUACUUUUCAGAAGCUUUUACUUCAUUCUAUCAAACGAAAAACUGAUUAGCCAAAAAUUAGGCUACAGGUAGCCAGAUGAGACUGUUACGGCUAAUAUGUAUUUGUGCCAUAGUUUAAAAAUGAAACACUUAAUGUUACAUAUGUGACACUUUAUGCUACAGCAUAUAACUUUACAGAUUAUAAAACUGUCUUUUUGCUUGUAACAAAACAAACCUUGUUGGGGUUGAAAUUACAAUGCUUUUUUAAUAACUGAAUGUUUUUACUUUUGCACGAUUACAGAAAUGUUACGUGAGUUUUGCCACCAGCAUCUUUAAUGUAUUUUAUCAAAAGACCAGUGUAGAGAAGGCUGCAACUGAAAAAUAAAGUUUGACUUCACAGAAGACUUUUUGUUUAUGCUGCGCAGUAGAGUCCCAGCCUUUUACGCGGGAGCCUGCUACAGACCUUCAGCACAUGAACGAAAAUAGGUGGAUUUUGAGACAAGGAGAUUAGCAAAACAGAAAUUACAUUUAAUCAUGUCUGCACUUCUCAGUCUCCAGUACAGUUACCAGAACAGUGGAGAAAAACCAUGCUACUCUGACUUCAUAUUCAACAUAGGUUUGUUUUCCCAGUGGUGGGAGAAUUACUUCACUCACCACUUCCUAGCUGAAAAGUCUGAUUUGUAAAUGAAUAAAACAUAAGGGGAAAGACAAAGCUCAAGGAAAAGGAUGCUUAAAUGCCUUUAGUCGAGGGGCACAUCCUAGGUGUAAAAUGCAUGCAUUUCACUGGGUCAUCAGCAGGCUGCAGAUGUUACCAGCAGGUACUUGGGUGAGUCAACCUCCUUUCUUGGAGGAUUAUUAUAACGAUUUGUCAGGGAAAGUCAGGGACAGUCGUUGCACUUGGUAUAUAUACAUAAGAUGUAAACCAGAUGCACUUUAUAUGGGAGAAAGCCUAGCUACCUGUAUACCAAGGACUGUUCCAGAAUGUUACUUUUGAAAGAAAAGAGAGAAGAGUUGGAUCAAGCUUUUUGGCAGCCCUCUUUUUAGAGCUGCAGCGGGCAGUUGCUCAGCCUUUAGAGCUGAGAACAAACAGAGUAUUUCCGUUGCACAGAGCUGGGAGAAUUUUACAUCUUCCCACAGAUUUUGCUAGGCUGUUCUUUGGCUGGAGUUCUUAAGUUUUCAAGAACUCUGUGCCCCUUCCAGAUGGUGUAGGUGACUGGUACCUGCCAUAAUACAAGGUGAAACAGGGUCAGUAUGAAGUAAGUUGCGUUGCUCUGUUAAUUUCCUUCCAUAGCAUUGCAUAAAUAAUAUUUUUACAUUUUGUUGAAUAUUUGUACAUUCAAAUUGCACUCUUAUUGUACUACAAUACCAAUAAAACCUGAACUGGA